UGUUUAUUUCUAUCAGAAAUAACCAAACUCCUGAAGUUUUCCAAGCUGUCCAUCACAAGACAGUCACAAAUCUCAGCUUUCCAGAACCAGCUGAUUAUCAUUCAUCUGCUGUACCAAUGGCCUCUUUUGCCACUAAUGAUCUGGAUGACCUCAUGGCCUCCCUCUCCGACUUUAAAAUGAACAAUGGGGGACAGUCAAGUGGUGAAUCUCAGAAACCAUCCAAAGAGCCUUCUGUUCAACCAGGUUCUGGUCAUAAAAAUCAGCUGGACUCUGCCAAAAAUCACUGUGCUGCCUGUAAAAAGCCCAUUGCUGGGCAGGUGGUGACUGCUUUAGGAAAAGCAUGGCAUCCAGAACAUUUCACUUGUAAACACUGUAACCAGGAGCUUGGGACAAAAAGCUUUUUUGAGCAAGAUGGAGAACCCUACUGUGAAACAGACUAUCACAAUAUAUUCUCUCCUCACUGUGCCUACUGCAAUGAGCCGAUUCUAGAUAAAUGUGUGAUGGCUUUGGAUAAGAGCUGGCAUCCUGAUCACUUCUGUUGUACAAAGUGUGGUGAACAGUUUGAUGAAGAAGGUUUCCACGUAAAAGAUGGAAAACCCUAUUGUCAAGAGGAUUACUUUGAUUUAUUUGGAGUAAAAUGUGGUGGAUGUAAGCGUCCCAUCACAGAAAACUACGUCUCAGCACUAGACAAUCAAUGGCACUCUCAGUGUUUUGUAUGUAAGGAAUGCAAACAGCCAUUCAAUGGGGGAAGCUUUUACAAUAUUGAUGGACAACCCUAUUGUGAAAUUCACUAUCAUGCUAAACAAGGUUCACUUUGUGCUGGCUGCAACAUGCCCAUCUCUGGCCGCUGUGUCACAGCCUUGAGCCGUAAAUUCCAUCCAGAACACUUUGUGUGCUCCUUUUGUUUGAAGCAACUCAACAAAGGAAGUUUCAAGGAACAGAAUGACAAGGCGUACUGUCAACCUUGUUUUGAAAAACUCUUUGAAUAACACUGGACACAGGUGAUACUUAUCAUUAAUAAUAAAACAGUGUGUAUGUAUGACUGCUUUGUAUGUUGAAGUUCCUUAUAUGCUCUAUCUUUUAAAGGGGACUUUUAGAUAUAGUAUUUUAAGUGGCUCAAUCUAUAUGAAAAUACUUAAACUUUUAACUUCGAUUGUGUUUUAGCAAACUUUUUUAUGCUUUGGGUUUAUUUUCAAUGUCAUUGUUUUACAGUGUAUGAAACAGCUAUGGAAAUGAAUUACAAUUGGGCAUAAAAUGCUUUUGCUGCUGUAUGAAAUAAUUACAUGCUUUCAUGUGUGGUAUCUUUAAUUUUCAUGUUUACAUGCUAAUGUUAGACUUUUACAAACUCACUAUGCAACAUGUCAAUUGAUAAAAAUGUACAAGUUGCUUAUACUUUUUUAAAUUUGAGUGUUUGAAAUGAAUGACAUAGUUUGCUUACUAUUCAAACUAACAUCAUACUAUUUAAACAACCAGAGAAUAUUCUGCUUUUGAGAACUUUAGUUUGGUGUCUACCUUUUAUCUCAAACACUACUUCUUUUGAUUAAAUACUACACAGUGAUCAUCUUAUUGUGUGACAUUUAGUUUUGAAGAUGACCUUUGGAUAUUGAUUUGAAUAUACACUGUACAGUUACUGAAUGAUUUUUUCAAUUAUUCAAAGAAUGUUUUGUUCUUUUAUUGAAUAAACUUUCAUUUAGUUAUAUAAUGAAUCAGCUUUAUGUG